GAAGCCGUGAGGCUUUGUUGGUUGCUGGCAGUUGACGCGUUGCUGCAGCAUGGAGCGCAGCUUGCAGCUAGGACUGGGACCCAGAUACGAGGCGCAGUCGAGCGGCAAUGGUUCAGUGCUGGAUAAUGUGCUGCCGGAUAUGGCGCAUUUGGUGAAUCCCUAUUGGAGUCGCUUUGCGCCCAUGGAUGCUACAAUGAGCAAGAUCCUGGGACUAUUUACGCUGGCUAUAUUUAUAAUUUCAUGCUGCGGCAAUGGCGUUGUUGUCUAUAUCUUUGGCGGCACCAAAUCCUUGCGCACGCCAGCAAAUCUGCUGGUGCUCAAUUUGGCCUUCUCGGACUUUUGCAUGAUGGCCUCGCAGUCGCCCAUAAUGCUCAUCAAUUUCUACUACGAAACUUGGGUGCUGGGACCACUGUGGUGUGAUAUCUACGCUAUUUGUGGCUCCAUGUUUGGCUGCGUUUCCAUUUGGUCCAUGUGCAUGAUUGCCUUUGAUCGCUAUAAUGUCAUUGUCAAGGGCAUCAAUGGCACACCGAUGACUAUAAAGACGUCUGUAAUGAAAAUUCUAUUCAUCUGGCUGAUGGCUACGUUCUGGACUAUUAUGCCCAUGAUAGGCUGGAGCGCAUAUGUGCCUGAGGGCAAUUUGACUGCCUGCAGCAUUGAUUACAUGACCCGACAAUGGAAUCCGCGCUCCUAUUUGAUCACCUACUCGCUAUUCGUUUACUACUUGCCUUUGUUUCUAAUCUGCUUCUCCUAUUGGUUUAUAAUUGCUGCCGUAGCAGCGCAUGAGAAGGCCAUGCGUGAGCAGGCUAAGAAAAUGAAUGUGAAGUCCUUGCGCAGCUCCGAGGACUGCGACAAAAGCGCCGAGGGCAAGCUAGCGAAGGUAGCAUUGACUACAAUAUCGCUUUGGUUUAUGGCCUGGACGCCUUAUCUGGUCAUCUGCUACUUUGGCUUAUUCAAGAUUGACGGCUUAACGCCACUCACCACCAUUUGGGGCGCCACCUUUGCCAAAACCAGCGCCGUCUACAAUCCCAUAGUCUAUGGCAUUAGCCAUCCCAAGUAUCGCAUUGUGCUGAAGGAAAAGUGCCCCAUGCUCGUUUGCGGCAACACAGAUGAGCCCAAACCGGAUGCGCCUGCUGCGGAUGCGGAGACCACCUCCGAGGCGGAAUCAAAAGCUUAAGACCAAAUUCAACAGAAUUUUAUGCAAUAGCCUAUUAAAAGGCUACAAAAAAAUUUCCAAAAAAAAAA